CAAAAGGACUGUCAAAAAUCGUGGGCAAAAAGCACAGAAGCAGUACGGAACGUUCUAGGAAUUAAUGGUCGUCAGCUUUUAGCGGCUCCGGCAUAUUCAAAACAGUACGUGAUAGCGUGAAUAUUUGGAUUCCUGGCCUCAGCACUAAAUCGCCAUGGAAGACGGAAAAGAAGAGCACCAGUUCGUUGUGGACGAUGUGAGCAAGAUCAUCAAGGAAGCGAUCGAGACGACGAUUGGGGGUAAUGCAUAUCAGCAUGAUAAGGUCAACAACUGGACCGGAUCGGUGGUGGAGAGCUGCCUUAGCGUGCUAACAAAGCUCCAGAAGCCUUACAAAUACAUAGUAACGUGCAUGAUAAUGCAAAAAAAUGGCGCUGGACUGCAUACGGCAAGUUCUUGCUACUGGAACAACGAAACGGACGGUUCCUGCACGGUACGCUGGGAGAAUAAGACGAUGUACUGCAUCGUAUCGGUGUUUGGACUUUCGAUCUAGAAGCGAUGCAGUGAACCGGUGGGUGUAAAGAUGGAGGGUAAUUGCGUAUUUCCGAAACAAACCGUCAAUUUGAUUGUCCUUUUUAUGAUGUGUUUUAAAUACCUUUCCUCACUCCGUCAUUAUUGUGUGUGUGUGCGCGUCUGUCCACCUAGCAGCUACAUGUGCGUAAUGUAGUGUACAACUCUCCGGUUCGCUUCGGAUCGUGUGCAUUAUUAGUAGGACAACUUUUCCCAUGUAAGAGAACGCUUGACCAACGGUUGUUGAGUUUAUUUAUUUUUAUGCAAUAAUAAUGCCGAUCCAUGCAACUCUGUCUCUUCCACUCUCUCUUUCGCACAAGUACUGAUACUUGCAAAAAUGCGUAAGAUGUAAUAUUUGUCCCUUGUACGAAAGUUGAAACCAGAGACCAAGGACACAUCGGUGUUGGAGCCAUUGGAAAAGAAGGAUAAACGCAAAAACGAGCUCUGGACGCUUCGGUUGCUUUUUUUAAAUUUUCCCUCCUAGAGAAGGCCAGUUGCUGAGAUAAGAGGAUAAGAUAGCGUGUGAUAUGCCCAAAAUGCAAAAAUCGAAUUACAAUGUUUAGUCAUAGGAACAAUAUAGGGUGUGCACCACAUUUUCCUACUCACUGUAUAUCGUGCGAGGCUGUGCAGCUCUGUGUGUGGGUGCGUGUGUAGAGAGAACUUGUGAGAUACUCUGGUAAUAGAAGGAAGAUAGGCAAGUAGUAAUAGCGAAGGAAGGCAGGCAGUAUAGCACAACAAAACUAAAAAAAGGUCACAGAUACAGGUGUGAUCGUACUAACUUUGGCCGGUGGGAAACAUUAAUUGGCGGAUUGCAAGUGUAAAUUUUCGUGUGUGUCCAUACAGCGAGGAAAGCAGCGAGCAAGAGUAAGUAAUUAAGAUUAUGGUAGGUGUUUGCUUAGCUCAAGAUGAUAAAACGCAUUGUUUUCGUUGCGUUAGCCAAUAGGAGACGCGUUGAAUGCAGCAGCUACGCGCGCAGCAGGAAGGAUUCACAAUACACACAUAGAAUAUAAGAACUAACGACACGGAAAA